UAAAGAGUACGACUUCACACUUCAGUCUUCAGUUACAGUGUUUGUUCAGUGGUCAGCACAGAUCAAGAUCUAGAUCUAGUCUUUCCCUGGGGAGGUCUUCAAAUGUCAUCCAUGGACUUCCUUCAGCAUGUUAUUUCAUUUAUCUGUAUAAUUUUUGCUAAAGCUUCCUGCGAAAGCAGAGGAUAUUUCAGAGCCAACAAUGGUCGGCCGAACGUUUUGUUCAUCGUGGUGGAUGACUUGAGGCCAACUCUCGGCUGCUAUGGAGAGCCCAUUCUCAAGACUCUAAACAUUGACAAUCUUGCCUCAAAGUCCUUGCUAUUUGAGCAGUCUUUUGUCCAGCAAGCUUUUUGCGGCCCCAGUCGCACAUCCUUUCUAACCAGUCGCCGUCCAGACACCACAAGAUUGUAUGACCUACAUUCCUACUGGAGGACUCAUGCAGGCAACUACACCACCCUGCCACAACACUUUAAGCAGAAUGGAUACAUCACACAGUCUGUGGGGAAGGUAUUCCACCCAGGUAGAGCAUCCAACUUCAGCGAUGAUUCUCCAUACAGCUGGACUAACACACCAUAUCACCCUUCUACUCAGAAGUACAAAAUGGCAAAGGUUUGUCCAAAUCCCGAUGGGACGCUGGGAAUGAACAUUGUGUGUCCUGUCAACGUUCAGAAGAUGCCAGAAAAGUCCUUACCAGAUAUCCAAAGUGCUGAAUUUGCUGUUGAGUUUUUUAAAAACCUUUCAUCGAGCAAGGACAAUCGUCCCUUUUUUCUCGCUGUUGGAUUCCAUAAGCCGCACAUUCCCUUGAAAUAUCCUAAGGAAUAUUUAGACCUGUACCCAUUGUCGGAGAUUGAGUUGGCCAAGCAUCACACAUUCCCUCCCAGAAUGCCCCUUGUUGCAUGGAACCCAUGGACCGACCUCCGAGAACGAGAUGAUGUGCAGAGACUCAACAUCAGCUUCCCUUUUGGCCCUGUGCCAGAUCAGUACCAGCGUCUGAUGCGACAGAGUUACUAUGCGGCGACAUCCUACAUGGAUGCACAAGUUGGUCAGGUGCUGAGUGCUAUGGAAGAGGCUGGCUACGCAGACAAUACAAUUAUUGUCUUUACAGGGGAUCAUGGCUGGUCACUGGGUGAGCAUCAGGAGUGGUCAAAGUACAGUGUGUUCAAUGUGGCAACACGAGUCCCACUCAUCAUGUACCUGCCUGGCCUCACUCAUCGACGGCAUCAAAUCGGGGAUGAGAAGAUUUUCCCAUUUCUUAACCCGUUUGAACACAGACGUGAUGUGAAUUCAGAGACGAAAUUAGCCUUCUUUUCGAAUGAGAGGAAAUUACAUGUGAAAGCAAUUCCAAAUGUAACAGAUGAGAAAUUACAAACAACAGAAAUAUUUAAGACCCUGGAAGAGGUCUCUUACUCUUCUGAGUCUCUUUUGCGUCGAGGUUUUGACAACAUUGCCCAACUGACGGAAGAACGAGUGAAAAGGUCGCAGAGCAAAUUCAAGGCUGCCACAGGCUUCAGAACAUCGGCGCUGGUUGAGCAUGUUGACCUAUUCCCAACUCUUGCAGAGGCAGUGGGACUCCCUAUGCUUCCUCUGUGCCCCAUCAACCCGUUUAAAGUCCUGUUGUGUACUGAAGGCACUAGUCUCAUGCCACUCAUCCGCAAUAUUACCUCCCCUGAAAGGUCACACGUCAAAACAUCCAUCGUAGAAAACAAUCAUCAUCAGAGAGAUGAUAACAGACCAGUCAUGACUCAUCGCAAAUCACAGAAAGAAUUUAUAACAAAUGCCAUCAACAUUAAUGAUGGAGUUUUGGAAUUUACAUCAGAACUGAACGCCCUCCACAUUGCCGCCAAAAAUUGCUCCCCAUCUUUUCGUCCUGUGUUCAGAUCUGAUCUGGAGUUUGAGUGGAAGAAAGCGGCGUUUAGUCAAUUCCCUCGACCGUCUGUUCUCCCUCAGGAAAACAGCGACAAACCGUUGCUGCGAGACAUUCGAAUCAUGGGCUACAGCAUGCUCACCCCACAGUUCCACUAUGUCGAAUGGGUCGGGUUUGAUCACAAAUCUUACAAAAUCAAAUGGAAUGAUAUUUACGGGCGGGAACUGUACCUCCGCGACUUGGACCCCUACGAAAUUUCCAACAUGGCCAUAUUUGAGAAGUGCCACUCUCUGCUCCGCAUUUUGUCGUCUCGUUUACACAAAGGCUGGAGGUAUGCGAGGAGCUGAGACUCUGUGCACCGCCACCAGUCUGGCCCUGACUCCAUUCCAGCAUUGACACCACUCUGCUUUUGACCCCAGGGGACAUUCACACCCCUUUGUGCCAACCCUCUGAAUGGAGGUUCCUUGCUAUUUAUAGCAUAAAAGCAUCAAAGGGAAAUUCAAAGUCAGAUGGUUUGUGCCCGAGGCCAUCAACUUGAUGGUGUAAUCCAUUGUCAAAAAAAGAAGUACAAAUAGGCAGUGGAAGUUCAUGUACGAUGGUUUUCACCUAACAGUAUUUCUGUCAAAAUACAUGCAAUUAUACUGUAAUUUAGACUUUGCUUUUCCUUGCACAUCCAGAGACAUGCACAAAGAUCAUAACAGCACGCUUAUUUCUGCAAAACUUACUGAUUGCUGAGGAAGGAUAAAUGGCAAAUUUAAGCCACUACUUUUUUAAUAUGUUGGGUGACUGAGAAAGAGAGUGAGGGAGGAAAAGAGAUUUAUGGCAAGAGAGAGAGAGAUUGAUG